GGAAGACGCUGCCUGGUGGCUGCAAAGAGUUUGUAGCGGCAGUUCCGGUGUGGUACGCGGCAUUCCCGGACCCGACCCGGAUCGCGAUUUCUCUGGGCCUCGGGAGUUUAGGCGAGAGGGGAACAUGUCCGGCCGCGGAAAGCAGGGCGGCAAAGUGCGGGCAAAGGCCAAAUCCCGCUCCUCCCGUGCAGGCCUGCAGUUCCCGGUGGGCCGAGUGCACAGACUGCUGCGCAAAGGCAACUACGCGGAGCGAGUCGGCGCUGGGGCGCCGGUGUACCUGGCGGCGGUGCUGGAGUACCUGACGGCGGAGAUCCUGGAGUUGGCUGGCAACGCGGCGCGUGACAACAAGAAGACGAGGAUAAUCCCGCGGCACCUGCAGCUCGCCAUCCGCAACGACGAGGAGCUGAACAAGCUGCUGGGGAAAGUGACCAUCGCCCAGGGCGGCGUCCUGCCCAACAUUCAGGCCGUGCUGCUGCCCAAGAAGACGGAGAGUCAGAAGGCGAAGAGCAAGUGACCCUGACGCCGCCGCGAGGGACCUGGCUUCCCCGGCAGAGGCGCUUUUCGUAGCCGUCCCGCAGUCAUUUUGAACGUGCUGGAUGUCAUGGGGGGCUUUUGCGAUCUAGCCGGGAGGUGGGCGGCGAGGGUCCUGUCGGGGUCGAGAGCUAAUAAAGUCAGUGAAAAUCGUA